UCUCGUGUACGCUGUGCACGGGGGGAUGUUUCCGGGUGGGUUUGCUCCAUGGCGGCGGCCGGAGGGGAGAGGACGGCGGCCGCGGACUCGCUGCUGAGCUGGUGUCAGGAGCAGUUGGUUCAGAAAUUCGGGCUGGAAGUUAACGAGGAGUUGAUACAAUACAUCCUGUCUAUCGAGAGCUCAGAGGAGAUUGAAGAGUAUGUCAGUGACUUGGUUCAGGGGACGGAUGGAAAGAAACAGCUCUUUAUUGAUGAACUUCUGAAAAGGUGGAAGAGAUCACGAGAGGUGCCCACUCCUGGGCAAGGACAGUUAUACAGGAAAAAAGAUGAGGUUCCAGACUCAUCAAAAGUCAGCGAGCAGCUCAAGAAGUCAAAGAGGAAAGGCAGGAACAAGCAGGAACCAUGGCUGGUGUCUGAGACCCAGGCACCAGCAGAAGAAGUUAAAACACCUAUCGAUCUGGUGAAGGUGCAGGAGGCAAACGCCUCAACCAAGAAGAAAACGACCAAAUAUACAUCUCUGUACACCACAGAAGGCCAGGACAGGCUGACGGUCAUCCUCCCAGGGCGCCAUGGCUGCGACUGCCUGGCACAGAAACACAAACUCAUCAACAACUGUCUGAAUUGUGGCCGCAUCGUGUGUGAGCAGGAGGGCUCUGGACCCUGCAUGUUCUGUGGAAUCUUGGUGUGCACGAGGGAGGAGCAGGAGAUCCUGGUUCGUGAUUCCAACAAGAGUCAGAGAUUACGGAAGAAGCUCAUGGCGACGUCUGCUGGGAAUUCUGAUAGCUUUGAGAGGGACCUGUUGCCUCACCAAGAAACGCUUUUGAAGACUGGGCUGGAGAAAGCAAUUAAACACAAGGACAAGCUAUUAGAAUACGACAAAACCAGUGCUCGACGCACACAGGUCAUUGACGAUGAGUCUGAUUACUUUACGUCAGACACCAACCAAUGGCUGUCCAAACAGGAGCGAGAGGCAUUACGCUUGCGGGAUGAAGAAUUACGAGAUUUACGACACGCAUCUCGUCAAACAAGGAAGAUCACGAUAGACUUUGCAGGGAGACAGGUCCUGGAAAGUGAAGAUCAUUUGGAUCAGUACUACAACAGACUGGAUGAAUUUGUACACGAGAUCAAAACUGGGGCCCAGAAUAGUCACCUCAGCAACCAGGAGGAACGUGCCCAGCGACAACACAAGUUGGGGGAAUUAGUCAAUCCUGAUAUCGUCCAGCCUCCUCCUCUGUGGGUGGAGCAGACCGGUACAGGGAGCGCGAGGCGAGGGCUGGGUUGUCGUUUGUCGAGUGCAGACAAUGAUGGCGGCUCAGAGAGAAGCCGACUACGUAUCCAGGACCGAGAGUUGCUGGAAAUCUCUGAUAGCGGAAUGUGCCUCAGCAUGCACCAGCCUUGGGCUUCACUGCUCAUCACAGGCAUCAAAAGGGCAGAGGGGAGGACCUGGUACACGUCACACCGAGGCCGGCUAUGGAUUGCAGCAGCUGCCAAAAAACCUUCAUCACAGGAAAUAGCAGAGAUUGAACAAAGCUAUAAGGCGAUGUAUGGCAAAGGUGUACUGUUUCCUAAAGACUACCCGACGGGCUGCCUGCUGGGCUGUGUGGAUCUGCUGGACUGCGUGUCUCAGGAGCAGUAUCGGGAACAGUUUACAGAUCAGGAGUCUGGUUCUCCUUUCGUCUUCAUUUGUGCCAACCCACAGGAGCUGCUGGUAAAAUUCCCAAUGAAAGGGAAACACAAAAUCUGGAAAUUGGACACCAAGAUUCACCAAGGAAUGAAGAAGGGCUUAAUGCGACAAAAACAGAGUUCAACCUAGAGAAGAGUGAGAGCCAGAGCCACAUCUGCCUGUUUUGUGUAGAAAAAUCCUUCACGUCAACAAUUGAAUAAUCAACCUUAAAGACACUGCAAUUCAUUGACCACAAUCCAGUCAGUAUGCAGAGUAUUUAUUAAUUCCUCAGUGUUCUCAAACCUGUAGUUGCCAAAAACUUUACGUGAAUAAUCCAGUUCCCUCAUGACUCAAGAAAGCAUGAACUGUAUUGGUAUACAGUAUUCUUUUACAAUGAAUAUAGAGCCCAACAAAAUAACUUUGCUAACCAAUAAACUAGCUACUCUCCUAGAGCAAGAAAGGAAGCCGGCGUGAUUUCCACAACUACAAACUCGUGAGUUUUGCCAAAACAAGUAUCUAUGGCUAUUCAGUUGAUUAAAGGAGUUGAUUUGCACCAUC